AUGUGGCUUAAGAGUUUAUUAUUUUUUCUUCUUGGAUGCCAUGGCAUUCAAUCUACCUCAUACGACCUAAGCGGCGUUGUGUCUGGCAAUCGUAUGGCAGCAGUACCCCUGGGCAAAUCCCUUGGUCAAGGGGAAUUAGACAUCGAAGGUGUUUGCACGGAGGCUGGCAUGACAUGCCAGAACUGCACUCACGCUGUCACUUGUAUACCGUUGCCAUUCGGAUGGCUAAAGGUACCUCUUCAGCAAUGUUCUGACGGACAAACCUGCAACGCCCACCUGAAACAAUGCUCUUCGAAAGCUGUGCCAGAAUGCGACGCUGCGACCGACAAAUACCGUCAUAUCUGUGAACAGGUGGGCAUAUUCCCAGAUGCUUAUGACUGCAGGAAGUUCCACCUCUGCUCGCCUCCGGAAGGUUUCCCUGAUGGCAGACCAGCUGACCACAGAACUGCGCUAUGCCCAAGACAUUAUGGCUAUGAUCCAAGAACUGCUCAGUGUUCGAUCCAACUUCAACACGGCCAAUGUAGCCAGAAACCUGUUCCAAACUGCGCCAAAGUUGGCCAAUUCGGCGUUUUGGAUAGCAGCCCAAACCACUACUACGUAUGCAUUUCAAGGCACGGCAACAUAUACCCUCAAAUUUUCAUCUGCCCACACGGCUGGCAUUUCUGGGACACCUUCUGCCGUCCUGAAGAAGACGUGAAGAAAAGCAGAGAAGCGAAGAUCAGUGAAGCUUUGCUCAGUACAACAACAGCAGAACCGGUCACUUAUAAAGUAGAUCGCUUCUUCUCCACUGAAAAACCAACGACGUAUGCUGCUGAUACAUUCUUGGCUGAUAAAUUCGAUUUGACGAAUUAUGAAACCAUAGAUGAGGGAGCGUCAAAUGCGAAUGACGAAUUUACUAAUUCGUUUGAGAAUUCUUUUGAGUUUUGGUAA